GCGGCCCAAAAAUAAUCGGUCGCCUUGGCUCAGUGGCGGCCACAGCUACUCUCCUCUCGGUACCGUGUUUCUUCACAUCUCUCUGCGGUUUCAUGACUGAAGAGGACCGCGUCGGCAAAUUUAGAAUAGAAUCGUACGCAGUGCUGUUUCGGCAUACUCCUUUCGAUUCGGUCACGCGUGCGCAUAACUCUCGCGACCAAUGGAUACGAGGAGAUUAUGCUCUGCCUGGAUGUUGACAGCACAGGUGGCCAAUUCGUCAUCAGACAUAUCCAAAUUCUGAGUUGUCACAGUCAGACAGACGCUUGGGAGCCGUGUACAGAGCGACCCUGUGCAUGAAGGUAUAAGAAGAGGAGUCGAAGUUGGAGAAGGGACGUCGGCUCCCGUCCCUUAAUCGUUUCUACAACCUAGUCUAGCAAUCGCGCACUAAUCUUCCCUUACGGCUACUCUUAGAAGCACUCUCGAGAUGUCUACUUCCGUUCACGAGUUCGGCACUCUUACGGCCCUCUCUGGCGUUGUGGCGCUAGUCUAUGCCCUCCUCCAUGUCUUCCGCCAGGUGAAGAUCAAGGCUCUCGGAAACCUGCCGCCUGGCCCGACCGGCCUCCCCAUCGUCGGCUCUCUGCCCUUCCUGUCCCACUACCCCGAGAUCACGCUCCACAAGUGGGCCAAGAAGUUCGGCCCGCUCUACUCCAUGUGGCUCGGUAACCAGCUCUUUGUCGUCGUCUCCGACCCGCAGGUCGUCAAGGACCUCGUCAUCACCAACGGCGCCGUCUUCUCGUCUCGCAAGGAGAUGUACAUGAAGUCGGGCAUCAUCUUCGUCCGCCGCGGUAUCACCGCCACUCCCUACGAUGACACUUGGAGGAAGCACCGCCGUCUGGCAGCUCAGUUCUUGAGCAACAAGGCCGUCGGCAACUACGUGUCCGGUCUUGAGCUCGAGGUCCGCGAGAUGUUGAAGAACCUGUACACCAAGGGCUCGGCCGGCGCCGUUCCCAUCAACCCCCAGCCACACGCCGGCCGUACCUCUCUCAACAACAUCUUGACCAUUGCCUUUGGUACUCGUACUGACACCAUUGACCACCCUCUUGUCGGCCACUGGCUCAAGCACUCUCGUGAGUUCAUGAACUGCACUGGUCCAGUCUCCAACUGGGUCGACUUCGUCCCCCUCCUGCGCAACUUCCCCAACGCGACGAUGAUCAACCGUGGCAAGAGGCUCCACCAGGGUCUCGUCGACACCUGCAGCGGCCUCAUCAACGACAUCGACCGCCGCAUGAAGGCCGGCGAAGAGGUUCCCGACUGCAUGGCCAAGUUCUUGCUCAGCCUGAAGGAGCAGGAGCAGCUCGACGACCUCGACAUUGUCUUCAUCUGCUGCGCGUUCAUGAUCGGUGGUGUCGAGACCACAGCUGCCAUCAAGCAGUGGUUCGCUGCGCACAUCCCGGCCUUCCCGCUCAUGCAGGCCCGUGCUCAGAUGGAGCUCGACCGCGUCGUCGGCCGUGACCGUCUGCCGCUUCCCGAGGAUGAGAAGAACCUGCCUUACGUCCGUGCUAUCAUCAAGGAGAUCGAGCGUGUCCACAACCCCUUCUGGCUCGGCACCCCUCAUUUGAGCACCGAGGACUUCAACUACCGCGGCCACGUGAUCCCCAAGAACACCGUUGUCAUCAUCAACGCUUACAGCAUGCAUAUGGACCCCCAGCGCCACCCCGAGCCCGAGAAGUUCAACCCCGACCGCUACGUCAACGACCACUACUCCAACACCGAGUCCGCCAACCUUGCCGACCCCUACCAGCGCGACCACUGGAUGUUCGGUGCUGGUCGCCGCAUCUGCCCGGGUAUCCCGCUCGCCGAGCAGGAGAUCUUCCUCGCCGUCGCCGGCCUCCUCUGGGCCUUUAACAUGCAGCAGCUGCCCGAGGAGCCCAUCGAUCUCACGGAGUACGACGGUCUCUCCGGCCGCUCGCCCGUGCCCUUCCGCAUCAAGAUGACCCCCCGCCACGCCAAGGUCCCCGAGGUCCUCGGCCUCACCACCAAGGCCUAA